AUGGACGCAGGUGUAGUCGUUGAUGAUCAAUGUAUUAAGGAAUUCAAGGCAUUCCACUCAAAGGACAGCAAAUGGAGAUGUAUUCUUUUUACCGUCAACGAUAAGGGAGAUCGUGUAGAGGUUGCGAAACAAGUUGAAAAGGGAGGAAAUGCCGACACUUGGGAUGGUUUCUUGAGCUCUGUGGUCGAGGCUGAUUUCAGCGAUAAAGGAUGUUGGGCUGUGUAUAACUUGGAGAUGACCAAGGAGGACCAAGGAGUUGAAAGACAAAUCUCCAAACUUGUUUUCCUUCACUGGGUCCCAUCCAAGACCAAGCCAAGAGCAAAGAUGUUGAUGAGCUCCACCAAGCAAUCUCUCUUCAGCAAAUUCAAUUGUUCCAUGGUCAAUAUUGAGGGUACAUCAUUGGGCGAUAUUGCCGAGAAGAAUAUUUUGGAUAAACUCAAGAGCUCUCUUUAA